UCAUCACCUUCAAUCUCAAUCAACCUCUUAAGAAAACUCCAUUCUCCCUCAUUUACUUCAUCCACAUAAUUAAAUCCCUCAUCUAAAAAGAAAUGUCCAUCAAUUCUUACUCACUCUCUCUCCACUAACCAAAUCAAAAUCUCUCUCAUUAUCCCUUUUUCUCAUCCUCUUUCCAUCCAUCCAUAUUCAACCAUGGCUCUCCCACAAUUCCUUUCAUCUUCCACCAUUAACACUCCAAAACCCACCUUAAACCCAUCACCAUCACUAUCUCUAUCGCCACCGCCGUCACCAUUCUCUCUCAUCCGUCGUAACCACCAACGUAACCACCAUGUGGGCUACCUCCGUUGUUCUGCAUCGUCUUCUUCAUCUCCACAACCUCACAAUAACCCACCAUCUUCCAAUCCAUCUCCACAAAACGACAUCACUGAACUACCAAUCUUUCCACUCCCAUUAGUCCUUUUUCCAGGUUCAAUCCUCCCUUUACAAAUCUUUGAGUUUCGGUACCGUAUUAUGAUGCAUACUCUUCUUCAAACCGACCUCCGUUUCGGCGUUAUCUUCUCCGAUUCCCUAACCCAAUCUUCGACCUCCAUAGGUUGUGUCGGCGAAGUUAUUAAGCACGAAAAACUCUCAGACGACAGAUUCUUCUUAAUUUGUAAAGGACAAGAGAGAUUCCGUAUCAACAAGAUUAUACGGUCGAAACCUUACAUAGUAGCGGAUGUUGAUUGGUUGGAAGACAAACCCAGUAAUUUAGAUGGGAAGGAAGAUUUAGAGAGCUUGGCAAAAGAUGUGGAGACUUACAUGAGGGAUGUGAUUAGGUUAAGUAACAGAUUGAAUGGGAAAGAGGAGAAAGAAAUUGGGGAUUUGAGAAGAAAUUUGUUCCCGACUCCAUUUUCGUUUUUUGUUGGGAGUACUUUUGAAGGUGCCCCAAGAGAACAACAAGCUUUGUUGGAAUUGGAGGAUACUGCCGCUAGAUUGAGGAGAGAAAAAGAGACGUUGAGGAAUACUUUGAAUUAUUUGAGUGCUGCUUCUGCUGUUAAAGAUGUUUUCCCGAGUUCUUCUUGAUGAUUUCAUGGCGGAAAUGUAAGACUUAUGGGAUGUGAAUAGAUAGGUAACUUUUUCUUUAAAAAUACUAUUUGGUUUUGGUUUUUGUUGUGAUUGGAAAUGAAAUGUAUGUAUUGGUAUAAAGAUGUAAAUGAUUGUUAUUAUUGAUGCUUAAUGGAAAUUGAAGUAGUAUUUUUCAGUGA